AUGUCAGCCGUCAAGUGGGGUAACAUGAGUCGCUCCACGGUACACCGCACUCUUCAAGAAAACGACAUGUACCCGUACAAGUACGUUUGGGCGCAAGAUUUGGAUCGCCCACGUGCUGCGCAAGUACGCUGGUCAAUCAACCUAUGGGCUGGCAUUUGCGGGGAUUUUGUUGUUGGGCCGUACAUUCUGCCAAACAGACUGGACGGCCCUUUAUAUAAAAUUUUUGUGGAACAUGUUCUUCCAACUCUUUUGGAAGAAAUUCCAUUAGAGACUCGGAAGAACAUGUACUUGCAACAUGAUGGUGCGCCUGCCCAUUAUGCCGCCGAUGUCAGGUCGUACUUAGAUGAAGCCUUCCAAGACAGGUGUAUUGGCCGCCGAGGCGCAAUUGCGUGGCCCGCCAGAUCCCCCGACUUAAACCCACUCGAUUUCUUCUUCUGGGAAUACUUGAAGAAGGAGGUGUACCGUGUGGAGGUUUCUUCACCAGAAGAGGCGAUAGCCCGGAUACACGGCGCGGUGGCGUGCAUCACGCCCGAUAUGCUCCGCGUGUACAAGCUAACACCCAAAAAAGAAUGCGGGCGUGCGUCUCGGUGGGUGGGAGGCAUUUCGAACCCAUCCUUUGAAAGUACUUCCGGCAGUGAUCGGUCCCUUUCGGAACCAAAUAAGGAUGAACGAAUAAAAAUGCGACGCAUGGGAGAACCAAACACCCUUGGAGAGCAGGUGGAACGAGAGAGGUGGAGUCGUAGAAACACACUUCUACAACGGAUUUCGGCCACCACCCUGACCGAUUUCCCGAAACUGACUCAAGACCACUUACUCCUACUGACCUCGGGCCCAUACCAAAUCGAUCUAGCACAGUCGUAUUUAGCGGAAUUGAUGGAAGCCGACACCAACAACGUCUCCAUGAUGUUCAUAAAAGAAACACCAAACAUCAUUCGUUUAGAAAUCAAGUCGCGACACGUGAACGCAAAAACUUACCGGCUCUACAUUGAUUACGAACUGAAAAUGGACCAGAUUGAAGGAAUUCGGCGAUAUUGGUGUGAGUGCCCGAAUGGAAACCGGACAGUAGGCUGCUGCUCACAUGUGGCCGCUGCCAUCUUCUACUUGGUCCAUGCUCGGUACCUCCCGCAGAUUCUGCGCCCGGCUGCGCAGUUAACGGAGCUCUUCGUACCAUCCAGAGAAGAAACGGAAGCAGAAGGAAGUGAGAGCGAGGCUUAA